AUGGCCGCAGUCCGGCGACUGCAAAACAAGGGGGGAAGGUGGAAAACGCAGUGGGGCGGAUUUGACGACGAUGCUGGUCUUGACGGUGGCGAGGCUCCGCUUCGUCGUCAGGACGCCGGUGCGGAUAGCUACAUGCUGCACAUCUUCGGCAGCGCCUACACCAAGGUUGCGGGGGGUGACGAGUUUGGCGACUCGGGUGCGAUCAAGGUGUGGCUGCACCCCUACUCCACGGUCCGCAUGCGACUGGACAUGCUGUGGGUGAUGGCGGCGCUGGUCAUGGCGGCCGUGAUGUCCCUGCAGAUUGCCUUCACUACUUCGGGUACGGCACUGUCGUACCUGGUGGCAUGCUUGGCCUGCAGUGUUGCCUGGAUGGCUCACGUGGUUUGCAACUUCAUGACCGGGUACGACGAGGAUGGCUUGAUCGUCAUGGACGCCGUGAAAGUACGGAACCGUUACUGCCGUACAUACCUGCUUCUGGACGUUAUCGGCGCGUUGCCGUACGCGCUCAUCGCCGUACUG